GCGAAUUCCGGCCGGCCGGGCCGUCUCGUCCCUCGCCUUAAAACCACACCGCCGGCACUCACCCCAUCUUCCUCCACACUCACUGCUCACUUGCUCACCGCGCACAGGCGACGACUGAACCUCUACUGCACUGCCGCCGGCGUCGUCGUCGUCAUGGCCGCGCCGCCGCAUGACGUGCACGGCGUCCACUCAUUCGCGCAGCUGCCGCUCAUCCGCGCGCCGGCGGCCCCGCCAUCGAGCGGGGACUCCACCAUCCGCCUCUUCGGCCGGGACUUCUCCAACGACCAGCAGCAGGCGGCGCCGCUGCUGCUGCGCAAGCAGGAAGACGACGCGGCCGGCGAGGAUGGGGUCGUCGUCGCAGGCGAGGGCGGCGACGCGGCGGCGGCGGCCGGGGAGAGGAAGUUCGAGUGCCACUACUGCUGCCGCAACUUCCCGACGUCGCAGGCGCUGGGCGGGCACCAGAAUGCGCACAAGCGGGAGCGGCAGCACGCACGGAGGGCGCACCUCGAGGCCUCCUUCGCCGCGCACUGCGGCGCCUACCUGCCCGCCGGGGCGCACCUCUACGGCCUCUUCGGCUACGGCGCCGGCCACGCCGCGCUGCCGCCGGCGCCGCCGCACUACCCGGCCACCGUGUGGGCGGGCGGCGUGCCAGGUUUGUACGGCGCCGGCGCCGUGGCACCCGUGCCGCGGCGGCCUCCCGUGUACGGCGGCAUGCCCGUGGCGCCGGCGAUGUGGAGGCCGCCGUCGCCGGCUGGGAGCGGCGCUUUUGGCGCGGCCGGCAGCCGGCCCGAGGGGGAGCUCGCGACGUACGCGGCGGAGAUAGCUGGCAAGGGCGACAAGGUGGCGAUGAGCGUGGUGACGUCGCUGCCAGCGUUGCCGCCGACGUGUUUGUCCGGCCAGUCGCCGGAGAUGAUAGGAAGACCUGAGUUGGGACAUAAGGAUGGCAUCUUAAGCUUGGACCUCUGUUUGUAAUCGUCCGAUCCGUAGCUUCUGCUUUUGUUUAGGUCGUUGCUUCCAAUUUCUUCUCUUCUUCUUUUUGUUGUUUUGAGAGAGGUUUUACGUGAGUACUGUUUCUUCUGCUAAAUUGCGAGAGAGACUUUCAUUAGCACUGUCGUCGGAUGAUCUGUACUUCUCUUUAGUUUAAGGUAAGCAUGCAAGUCGUUGACUUGAGAUAAUUUCGUUUGAACUAUCAUUAACUACUAUGCAUUAUCUUGUUUUUUU